AUGGGAGAUAAAAGACCUGUGUUCCUCCUUCAAAUUGGCCUUCCCGUGGCAAUGUCGAGCUCAAAGACUUGCAGUGGACGGACAAAUGAAGUGGUCUGCAUGCAAGUUGUCAUUACUUGGCCAUCUCCGUUACUUUGUCUCAAGCUAAAUAAGCCCUGUUCCUUUGAUAUCGUCCAAAUACACCUUUGGUUCUCAAAGGCAAGCAUUCACUGGGGUGAAAAGAUUGGUGUUGUGGAUCGAACAGGGAGCGGGAAAUCAAUUUUGAUCCAAGUGUUCUUUAGGCUGGUGGAACCUUCAGGAGGCAAAAUUAUCAUCGAUGGGAUUGAUAUAACCACAAUAGGGCUUCACAAUAUCAGGUCUCGCUUCGGGAUCAUUCCUCAAGAACCUGUCCUUUUUGAAGGAACUGUGGAAGAAACAUUGAUCCAGUAG